AUGAGGGUCACACAGAGGACCAUCACCCAACAUGGAGAGGAGGGGGAGGAGGAGAGGGGGGAGGGAGGGGGAGAGGGAGGAGAGGAGAGGACCAUCACCCAACAUGGAGAGGAGAGGGAGGAGGAGAGGGGGGAGGAGGGGGAGAGGGAGGAGAGGAGAGGACCAUCACCCAACAUGGAGAGGAGGGGGAGGAGGAGAGGGGGGGAGGAGGGGGAGAGGGAGGAGAGGAGAGGACCAUCACCCAACAUGGAGAGGAGAGGGGGGAGGAGAGGGGAGAGGGGAGGAGGAGGAGAGGACCAUCACCCAACAUGGAGAGGAGAGGGAGGAGGAGAGGGGGGAGGAGGGGGAGAGGGAGGAGAGGAGAGGACCAUCACCCAACAUGGAGAGGAGGGGGAGGAGGAGAGGGGGGAGGAGGGGGAGAGAGAGGAGAGGACCAUCACCCAACAUGGAGAGGAGAGGGAGGAGGAGAGGGGGGAGGAGGGGGAGAGGGAGGAGAGGAGAGGACCAUCACCCAACAUGGAGAGGAGGGGGAGGAGAGAGAGGGGAAGAGGGGAGAGAGGGGAAGAGGAGAGAGAUAACCCAAGAGAGGAGGAGGAGAAGGAGGCGAGAGGAGGAGGAGAAAUAAGUAAGCAAAUAAAUACACAAAAGAGAAGGAGGAGGAGGAAGAAGAGGAGGCAGAGAAGGAGGAGGAGGAAGAAGAGGAGGCAGAGAAGGAGGAGGAGGAAGAAGAGGAGGCAGAGAAGGAGGAGGAGGAAGGAGAAGGAGGAGAAGGAGGAGGAGGAGGAGGAGAAGGAGGAGGAGGAGGAGGAGAAGGAGGAGGCAGAGGAGGAGGAGGCAGAGAAGGAGAAGGAGGAGAAGGAGGAGGAGGAGGAGGAGAAGGAGGAGGCAGAGGAGGAGGAGGCAGAGAAGGAGAAGGAGGAGAAGGAGGAGAAGGAGGAGGCAGAGGAGGAGGAGGCAGAGAAGGAGAAGGAGGAGAAGGAGGAGAAGGAGGAGGCAGAGGAGGAGGAGGCAGAGAAGGAGAAGGAGGAGAAGGAAUGCUGUGGCUCUCGGUGA